UUUUUUUUUUGUUUUUUUAUUAUUUUCUCUCCUCUAAACAAUUCAUCACGUCGCUAUGAAAAAUUAAAAAUAAAUAAUUAGAAAUAUUAAAAAAGGGAUAAUCUUUAAUGGCGUCACAGAGCUUUGUGUUUUUAUUUUAAUAAUCUAACAAUUGAUUAUUUAUUUAUUCUUAAUUGUUUUUUAAAAAAAAAUUCUCUUUCUUUUUUUGGAGUAAUUAAUUGUUGAGUUAUUAUUUAUUAUUAUAAUGGCAAAACCAAAAUAUAAAACAUCAUCUGAUUUGUGUGCUGAUUGUGGAGCACUUGAACCAGGAUGGGCAUCAUUGAACCGAGCAAUUUUGCUGUGUGAUGAAUGUUGUAGUAUACACAGAAGUCUUGGUCGUCAUGUAUCACAUAUUAAAUCACUUAAUAAAGGAACUUGGAAUACUUAUUUACGUUCUAUGGUACAUACGCUGAAUGACAAUGGUGCAAAUAGUAUAUGGGAACAUUCAUUAUUAGAUCCAAGUAAUUCAAAAAUAAAUCGUCGUAAACCACAACCAAAAGAUUCAUUACAUCCAACAAAAGCUGAUUUUAUACGUGCAAAACAUCAACAGUUAUUAUUUGUAUUACGUCCAAGUAAAGAUGAUUUUUCAAGUGAAGAAGAACUUAGUAAACAAUUACAUUCAAGUGUUAGAACAUGUAAUUUAGAAACAUCAUUACGUUUAUUAGCACAAGGUGCUAAUUCAAAUUAUUUUUAUUGUGAAAAAGGUACAACACCUUUGCAUGUUGCUGCACGUGCUGGACAAUCAUUACAAAUUGAAUUAUUAAUAUCAAAUGGAGGUAAUCCAAAUAUUGUUGAUUCAAAUAAACAAACACCAGCUGAUAUUGCCAAAAUGGCAGGACAUUUUGAGCUAUCAGAGAGACUUGUUGAAUGCAUGUAUGAUGUUACUGAUAGAUUAACAUUAUUUGUUUGUUCACGUAAACCAGAUCAUCGUACACAAGAACAUUUAAUUAUUCCUGAAUGGGCUGUUACUAUUGAACGUAAUGAGCUGGCACUUGAAGCUAGAAAUCGUUUACAAAUGUUGUCAAAUCAUUUACUUGAAGAACUUGCUAUGGAUGUUUAUGAUGAAGUUGAUCGUAGAGAAACUGAAGCAAUUUGGUUAUCAAAUGCAACACUUCCUGAAAGAAGUACUGUACCAUUUUUACCAGUAAAUCCACAUUUAUCAUCAACGAGAAAUCAGGGAAGACAAAAAUUAGCAAGAUUUACACCAAAAGAAUUUGCAACAUUAAUUAUUGAUUUAUUAACUGAAGCUAAAAGAAGACAUUUAUUAUCUAGUAAUACUCCACUUCAAGAUCCAAUUGUAUCAGCAUUACGAAAAGAACAAAUGUUAGGUAAACAUGGUUCACAAAUGUCUGAUGAUGAACCACUUUAUGAUAGUGUUGCAUCAGAUGAUGAUUAUGCUGCUGUAACAUCAGAUAUAACAAGUAAUCAACAAUCUGAAAUUGAUAAUGAAAAAGCAUUAGCACCAAUGGCAAAAGGUUUACCAUCAAUUGUUGAUGUAUUAAAAAAACAAUUAACAUUAUCAGAAACAACAAUAAAAGAACUUAAAAAUGAAAUUGAAGAAUUUAAAAAUAUAAUAAAUGAAUUAAAAAAUGAAAAUAAAGAAUUAAAAAAUUAUAUUGAAAUUAAUGUUAAAAAAAAUAUAACAGAUGAUAUUAUAAAUGGUCAUAGUGGUAGUGAACAAGAGCCUGUAUUAGAAUCAUUGACUGAUUUAAGAACAUCAUCAUUACCAAGAGGUAGCCAAAGACCAGCAUCAAUGUAUGAAACACGUGAAGGAUUAAAAAAACAAGGUGCAUGGAAUAAUUCAAAUUCACCAGUAAGUAAACGUGAUGGUGAUACAUUAGUAAGACCAAAUACAACUCAAAGUUUAUGGGAAUAUCAAGCAAUUAAUUUACCAUCAAGUGAUGAAGUUACAAGACGUACUGAACAAGUUACAAGAAGAAUACAAGAGCUAUGGAUGGCUAUGCAAGAUCCAGGACAUCGUGAAGCAUUUGUACCAUGUGCUGAACGUAUACGUGUUGCUGUUGCUGAAUUAACUGCAAUAUUUCCACAGAAUCCAAUUGAAGACAAUAUUCGAUCAGCAUUACGUCAAUUAAAUGGUAACACUGGUCGAUUACAAGCUGAAUGUGCUGGUCUUCAACGUUGUACAAGUGAUCCAGAACACAUGGAUCGUUGUUUACAACAAGUACGUUCAUGUGCAUAUGACAUUGCCAAAGCAACAAAAUUACUCGUAACACAAUUUCAAUUAUCUUGAUCAGACAAUAAUUAUUAUAAAAAAAAAACAAAAUCAUUAUCAAGAUUAUCUGUAAAUAAUUGUAAAUUAUUUUAGACACUUUUAUCAUUAUUAUUUUUAAUAAUCAAAUUCAUUUAAUAAUAACCAGUUUUUUUUUUUUUUUUAUUAACAUUUAAAAUAUAUAUAAUUUUUACUAUAUAAUUUAAUAGCUGAUUGAAUUAAUUACAUGCUUUCAACAAGCAUAUCAGCUUUAUGAUUUUAUUCUUAGCUUUUUUUUUCAUAUAAAAACAAAGACUGAGUAGUAUUGUUUGAUUUUACAUGAAACAAAAUUAAAUAAUGUAGGUGAUUUAAAAGAAAAAAAACUCUAUAUUGCAAUUUUUAAAUAUCAGUAUGUGUGUGUGUGUCUAUUUUUGUGCAAUUAAUUAUAAAAAAAUACCUACAUUAUUCAAGAAAAAUUCGUCUUUGAUAAUAUUUUAUUUCUUUUUCAAAAUCAUUAUUUUAAUCAAUUUAUAACUAUUAAUUUUUUUUGCUAUAUUUAUUUAAAAUUAAAGAAAAAACAUGUAAAUCAAUUUCAGCAUGUAUAAUAAAUUAAAUAAUCAUUUACAAUAUAUUUUAAUUUAAAUAAAUUGUUAUUAAAAUUGUAUAAUCAAUUUAAAAAUACAAAAAAAAAUAAAAACCAAUUUGUUGAUUGAUAAUUAAUAUUAAAUAUUGAUAAUUAACAUGAAAAUUAUAUUAAAUAAAAAGUUAAAUUUUAAUUAAAUAUAUAGUCGAAAAUAAAUAAAUUAAAUCAUUGAUUAUUUAUGUGUGUUGAUGAAAAAUAAAAAAAUAAAUAAAAU